GCGGGGUCCAGGCGGUGGCCGGGGCCAUGGCGGACCUGAGCGGCGGGCAGGAGCCGGUGGCUGUCGGGCUGUGGCCGCACGGGGAGGCCCCGCCGGCCUUUCAGUAUAGCCCAGACAACGUGGCUGGAGCAGACGGAGACAUCGACCCCACUGAAAUCACCUUUCCAGGAUGUUCUUGUCUUACCAGCUCCUGUGUGGUUCACACAUGCUCCUGUCUUUGCCGUGGUGAAAAUUACAACAGUUUGUGCCUCCAGCCCACAGAGAAAGAGGAGGAAUAUGCCAGGCCUGUUUUUGAAUGCAAUUCCAUGUGCCAGUGUGGUGAAUCCUGUCAAAACAGGGUUGUUCAGAGGGGUUUGCAAUUCAGACUUGAGGUAUUCAAGACUGAGAAGAAAGGGUGGGGUGUUCGCACUCUGGAAUUCAUAGCUAAAGGAAGAUUUGUUUGUGAAUACGCUGGUGAAGUUUUAGGCUUUAAUGAGGCACGUAGAAGAAUUCAGGCCCAGACAUCAAAGGCUUCGAACUACAUUAUAGCGGUGAGGGAGCACCUCCAUAGUGGUCGGAUAAUGGAGACUUUUGUUGACCCUACGUACAUCGGUAACGUAGGCAGAUUCCUGAAUCAUUCUUGUGAACCGAAUUUAUUUAUGGUGCCAGUUCGAGUUGACUCAAUGGUGCCUAAACUGGCACUUUUUGCAGCCACUGAUAUUUCUGCUGGAGAGGAACUUUCAUAUGAUUAUUCUGGAAGAUUCCAUAAUUUACCAAUAAGUAAUAGAGAACAAAAAUCUUUAGAGGAAGAUAACAGAUUGAGAAAACCUUGCUACUGUGGUUCCCGCACAUGCGCUUCCUUCUUACCUUGGGACAGCUCCCUCUUUUCCACACCAGAGGCUUGUUCGGGGAGCUCUCCACUGCUUUUCAGUUCCUAAGAAUAUCUUAAAAAUGUCAUUUUCCCUAGUAGUUAAAUAAAAUUCUGAUUGUGUAUUCCACCAAGGAAGCACGUGUGGUUUUCAGUAACAGCUAGAAGACAAGUUUUGAGAAUAAUUUCAUGCAACAUCCUAGAGACCAUUUUCAAAGUGGAUGGUGUGAUACGAGGGAGCACCAGAGCUUCAAGAUGUUCCAAAACCAGUUUCUUGUUUUCUUCUGCCAGCUUGCUGUAUGAUAAAGCACCUCUCUCAAUCUGUACCUUUCUCAAAGAAUGAACUUGAACGUUGGUACACAGAAAGGACAUGUGAUAACAAUGAGAAACGUCACCAAAAAUUACACAAGAGAAUGAGACCAAGGAAUGUUGAUGUUUGCAAAAAGGGCCUUAGGUUUCUUAAAUCCUAUCAAAAUAAUUUAUUUUAAAAAAAUUACUUGCUAUAAAUUCUUUUGUUCCAUAACACAUAAAUGAAUAAUUAUUGAUGUAAAAAACUUGCCCAGAAAGAUCAGCCUGAAUGCUUUGUCCCUGCCCUGUUUUCCAUCUCCAGUCACAGCUAGCUGCAUGCCGAAACCUGGUUUUAAAUGACUAGUUUGGUUUCAUUACCAUUUAACUUCUGCGUAAACGGCGCAGUACUCUAGGCUCUGAGCCGUAUAAUCAUCCUGUCUUUUUAAAUCGUGCCUAUCUCAAGGCUCAUCUAAUAAGAUUUCUGCAAUAAUAGUAAGCAGCAUGUCCAUGUUACUUUCCAGCACUAUAAUUACACACUCAGGAAGCAAAUUCAGACUCUGUAGUCCAAAGCAGUGUGAUGCUGCUAUUCUGACUUCUGAAAUGGAUUAAAGUAGGAAAUAGAGAAGUACAUCUGAACAACAAAAAAUUUGUCUUUUUACACGGCUGAAAAGCUGGCAGAUACAUGAGCAUUCUUUUCACUUUUUAACUGAUCUGUUUUCACUGUUCCUACAGAACCAGACAGCAUUAAGCAAGGCUUGUCCUUUCCCAGCAGCCAGCGAAGGUCAUUACCUCUUUUCACCGUUCUUGUACAGAUCUAACACGCAUACUCUGCUUUACUGAGCAUCUCCUCACACCAGGGACACACGAGAGCACUUGCCGGAUGGCGGUACAUUCUGCAACUGCACGUCACUUCCUUUCUUGAACGAUCAAAUUAAGGAAGCUUCAAAGAGGCUUGUUUUGAAUUUCCCCCAACUUUGAUAUACAAGACAGAUAAAUUGCAGUGCUACUUUUUACAGUCACUGCAGUAUCAUAUCAGUGGCACAAACCCCUGGGUUAUUUGCUCUGUACAGUUUGAUUUUUAAUUGUAUUCAUUACCUUUGACACACACACACAGUAGCGCAUCUCGGGGGGAUCAGCUGUUGUGCAGACCAUUGGUAACUUUUUUUUUUUUUUCCUAAAUAAAAGACAACUUUGGUUUGGACCUGAAAGAUUAACCUGAUACUGACAUGGGAUAAAGGACAUUUUGCUGCUAUUAUUUUGCUAUUUGCUAAACAAAAUCUUUGUGUUUCCCUAUACCUCCUUGAUAAGCUUCAGUGUUAGCUUUCCCCCAUUUAAUAAAUAUCUCAUGCUUCAAUUGUGAAGAACUGCUGUUGAGAUUUAGAUACAGCUGUGGUUUUAGUUUAAUAUAAAGAUGACCACGUGAUUUUUCUUAGGGUUAAUCAUUAAGUGUCACUUCUGCCAGAGCAAGAGCUUCCAAAGGAUUUCAGCUGCUUGUCAAAAGCAGUUUACAAGCCGAGGGGUCAUUAACUUUAUUCUUUGUCCAACAAAGGGUGUCUGCUUCUACAGAAGAGAAGUUCUCCAGGUCCUGUAACUCAGGAUGCAUGAGAUACCAGAAUUCAGCUUAGGUUACGAGGUCUCUUGUCCUAUUUCAGGGCUUACCUGGUUUUCCUCCCCAAAAGGGCAUUGCGCCAGCCACCUUCAGCCUGCUGGACUGGAGGGGUGGGAGUGGAUGAUCCAAUCUACUUCCUCCUUCCCUCCUGGAAAAAGUGUCAGGACUAGUUUUAUACCAUCUGUAUUCUAUUCCUCAAGAUUAGAUGGGUUUUCAAGAUGACAGCACUGUUUGCUGGCUUCCUGUUAUGAAUAUGUACUUGGCAUGACUUUGAGUAGUUAAGGAAGUGUAGAUUCAAAAAAAAAUAACCCCAGAACACAACCCCCCAAACAGCAUUCGGAAUAUCUAGUCCUUGCAUCACCAGCCUUAAACCAGAGAACACAGACGAGCCUUCUGUCUCUCCGCAAUCCGACCCUUUCAGUCCCAGCCAGCUGAUGCGGCUUCUAGGACAUGAACUGACUAUCAAUUACCUGGUUAGAACAAACUUCCCCAGCAUGGAACAGGAGAGCCUUGUACUGUUGAAAAUAGCCAGCCACGUUAAAGGCCUUGCAAGAACAUGAAAUUCUGUUGUCCUUGAGUUCUAAAGCACGAUGGUAAUUGUUAACAGCCUUUUUCCAUAUAGCACACGCAUUAGACUUUAUAUGCCUGGGGGUGCAGAGCAAAAUCCUACUAAAAAGAAAAAAAAUCCUCUCAUAAGGGACUAAAAAAGAAAACAGACUCUUGUUUCUACCUGCUGAAUUUCUGUUCGCUUUUCCCUCUGUGUUCCUUUGGGCUUCACUGGGUCCCAGUCUGCCCCUUCUCAGUUCAGUGCGCUCGCUCUCCCUGGAUCUCAUCAGACAGCUCAGACUGCGAGCUCCGUGUAAUCCUCCCUCCUUUCUACUCUCAAAGUGCAGUAAUGAUUAGCAAUAUUUCAAUAGUCAAUGCUCACUCAAGCUUGGAGGUUUACUUUCCCAUUGAAAUCUGAUCAGAUUAAUUCAAAGAUGUUUAAUGAAAGAUCUUGUAAUAAAAUACAGUAACCAUUACGCAAACAAAAGCAG